UUUCUAUUUUUCUUUUUCUUUCGCUCACACCUCUCUCUCUCUUUCAGCUCAGCUGCUUUUCAGUGUCCAUUGCGCCUCUUUGUACGGGCCGUUCAGUCCUUCUCUAUCGCUUUAAGACUCAUAAACAACGUUUCUCCAUCGUCUACUCCGUCGUUUUCUCCUUUACUUUUCUGGGUUUUGUUGCUUUACGUUUCGGGUUGAGUAGGAGAGUAAAAAAUGGAGAGGAAGCAGGGGUUCUUCUCGGCCUUAAAAGGUGAAGUGGUGAGAGGUUUGUCGCCGCGUAGGUCGAGAGCGAAGAGUCCGGCGAGGAGUGCGUCUCCCAUGUCUAGCUUGCUGCGGCGGAGGAAGAGCCAGCACAUGGCACAGCCCGAGCUGAUGAUUGCGAGAUCGGGGGGAUUGAGGCCGGCGGAGGCUUUAUCACCGUUGAAGGAGGGGCCCGAUCCGGACGGAGCUGACGGCGGGAGUCAGGAUGAAGGAGAUGGCCAACUGAUGAAGUCAGCUAGCUCGGACGUUUCCGUUUCCUCCUCGGCCUACAAACGGUCCGAUCUGAGGUUGCUGCUUGGAGUGCUGGGCGCACCACUGGCACCGGUGCACGUUAGCACUUUGGAUCCUUUGCCUCAUCUCAGCAUCAAGGAUACCCCAAUUGAAACAUCAUCCGCGCAGUAUAUAUUGCAGCAAUAUACAGCAGCCUCGGGUGGACAGAAGCUUCAAAACUCCAUCCACAAUGCAUAUGCCAUGGGUAGGGUUAGGAUGAUGGCUUCUGAGUUCGAGACAGCUAACAAAGUCACAAGGAGCAAAAAUUCAUCCAAGGCCUCGGAGUCAGGCGGGUUUGUUCUCUGGCAAAUGAAUCCAGAUAUGUGGUAUGUGGAGCUUGCACUUGGUGGCAGCAAGGUUCAUGCUGGCUGCAAUGGGAAGCUUGUGUGGAGGCAUACACCCUGGCUGGGUGCACAUGCUGCUAAAGGUCCUGUUAGACCAUUGCGCCGAGCACUUCAGGGUCUUGAUCCAAGGACCACUGCUAGCAUGUUUGCCAAUGCAAGAUGCAUAGGGGAGAAAAAAGUCAAUGAAGAAGAUUGCUUCAUCCUCAAGCUUUGUGCGGAUCCUGCUACACUGAAGGCCAGGAGUGAAGGACCGGCAGAGAUCAUAAGACAUGUUUUGUUUGGCUACUUCAGUCAGAAAACCGGCCUUCUUGUUCACUUGGAAGACUCUCAUUUAACACGAAUUCAGAACAAUGGGGGUGAUGCUGUGUACUGGGAAACUACAAUCAACUCAUUCCUUGAUGAUUAUAAGCCUGUAGAAGGAAUAAUGAUUGCUCAUUCUGGACGUUCUGUGGUAUCACUUUUCCGAUUCGGAGACACAGCAAUGAGCCACACUAGAACCAGGAUGGAAGAAGCAUGGGCAAUUGAGGAAGUGGCAUUUAAUGUUCCUGGCCUGUCACCUGACUGCUUCAUUCCUCCUGCUGAACUGAGAUUUAAUUCUAUCAGUGAAGCUUGUGAGUUCUCACAGGGUCCAAAGAUAAGAACUGCUGUUAAUCCCUCAGCAUACCGUGCAAAGUAGCUUCGUUAGACAAGUCACGCAACAAUGAGCGAAAUGAGUCAACUGGAACACGGACAUUUAGACAAAGGGAAUUGCAUAUGGAAAAGUAGGUUCUAGGUAGUUUUUCUUGACUGACAAAAGUAGAAGGGGAGCUGUUAAUGUAGGAGCUUAGUUACUUGCAGAAGUUUUGGCAUUGUAUGAAUGUCUCUUUGAAUGUGUAAAUAGUUCAAAAUCAUUUAGAAAAAUUUCUGAGAUUUCUGGGUAAAAAUCUUUAUACACUAAA